AUGUCCUUCCGUGAAUUCGUCAAGAGACAUUUGAGGAAACUCCGCUGUGGUCGUGUGGGAAGGUCUGGGAAGCCGAUUGCAGAUGGAAAUGGAGCCCUGAAGCUUGACACCAUCAAGGCUGCUGCCGCUGCUUUAUCCGUGGCGCCAUCCCAAGAUACUGAGGGCUGCUUGCGGGCCUCUCCCACGGGAUCGGAUACCUGGGAGGACAUUGCGCCACAGUCACUGUGGAGCCAAGCAUACAACAGACUGGACAAAAACCUGGUUGAGCGAUACCAGGCACUGCUUCUUGAUGAAUUCUCCCCGACAAUACCAACCUCACCGGACUCGGACAUGCCCACGAGCUCUUCACACGACCAGAGCUGCAACUUGGAGUACGUGAUACGAUAUGGCCAAGAGCAGAUGGCCGAGAUCGUCGAUCAACUCGCCAUCCGUACACCACACCAAGCUCGUUUCAAUGACAUGAUGGAACGUGGGCAAGAACGAACGAAACGGAAAAUGACUUUCCACAUUGGCCGGUACAAAAUCAACCUAGAAAAUCAGGUCGCUCGAGUAGCAGAGUUCCUGGUGGAAGAGGCCAGAAAGAGCGGAUUCGACUACGUCACAGCUCGUAUGGAGUUCUAUCUUUCGCUGGAGCCGCGUUUGUUCCCAAAGGGUCGACUUGCUGCCGGCAUUCCGGAAGAGCUGUGUGUCGCAUUACAGAAGGAUGUUCUGGACUUGUACGAGCUUAUUCACGCGUUUCAGUUUGAAAGCGUUCUACACCUCCAUCAAUCACGAUGGCGUGCCAUCAGACAUGACUUGCGAGACAUCAAACGAUGGGAUGAAUCGUUGUCUAAAGUCAAAGUGGCCGAGAACAUCCUGGAAAGAGACCUGAGGAAAAUAAGUGACGUGCUUCUGAGAGAACAGCUGGAGACUCUUGACAAGGGCACAAGGGAACUGUCCGAGACUAUGCGGAUGCUUUUGACAGUCACUGAACGAACGCUGCAAACCAACGAACGACAGGCCCACAUCCAGGAAGAUCUGCUGCAAAGUUCCAGGCUUACGAACGAGCUCCUCGGUGAGAUACGACUUCGGACCGAGCCCGGCGCACUACACGAUACAAAGGAACGCGAGUGUCAGCAGGGCACUAGAACCAGCAUAUUCAGGCUCAUUCAUGAAUGGAUCGAAACCACCGAAAGCCCAGUGAUCUUUUGGCUCAAUGGGCCUGCUGGUAGUGGCAAGUCGAUCAUUGCUCGAACCGUCGCUUAUGAAUUCUCGGAAAGGAAGAUACUGGGAGCUAGCUAUUUCUUCGACGACAGAUCGGGCCGGAACAGGUGGGAAUUAUUUUUCCCAACAAUUGCCAGCCAGUUUGUGGCUACGGUCCCAAGUUACCUUACCAGCCUAGGUAACUGUCUGCGGAGAUUAGGAAACCCCAGAGAGCAGGCCGAGAAUAUCCAUUCAAAGGCUCUUGAGGUCCAGUUCCAGAGGCUUAUCAGGGAGCCCCUUGCCGAAAUGCCCUCUUCUCAGACUGAGAUAUCGACGAGAAUCAUUGUGGUCGAUUGCCUGGACGAAUGCAAGGACGAUAAUAACGUGCGCCUAGUCUGCGGUUUGCUAUCUCAACUCGAAGAACUCCGCACAGUCCGUCUGCGUGUUCUCUUGACGAGCAGAUCCGCCUACCACAUCGCAAACUCUUUCCGGAAGGUUUCGCACCGCUCUUUGUCGCUGCUUGAUUUCUCCGAUGAGACCAAGAGCGAUAUAUCCGCCUUCCUGGAGAAGAGGCUUGCUAAAGUAAAAGAAGACGCAGGUUUCCUUGAGAAUACUGUCUGGCCCAAUAGGAACGAUCUCCAACGUCUCCUCACUCUGGCUACGACCCCGACACCGCUGUUCAUUUAUGCAGCAACUCUCCGCCGAUUUGUCAACGAUGGGACGGAUAGCCCAAAGCUCAAUUGA